AUGAACUCGGAGCCAUCCUCAUCGUCCUCGUCACCUAUAACGCCGACGCAUCCCUUUGCCCAUGCAAGGGGACUCUUAGAAAUUAUUCCCAAUAAGAUUGACGUCGAGGAAGAAUCGAGACUGUACGAUGAACUAUGUACGGAUGAUGAUGAUAGUCCUCUCCGACACGGAGCGAUAGCUGUCCGACCACGGUCGCCGUCAGGCGCACCUUCGGUGUUCUCACGGGAAAGUAUCUGGCUGGGGGAUAAUUCUGGGGAGAGCCUGGCCUUUGCGAGAGACGUGAAGAUAAGCGGGUGGACUAAUGUCGGUGAUAAGUUGGGCGGAGCGUAUGUCGUGUAUGACUGCGUGAUUAAGACGAAAGAAGGAACUGUUAUACAUUGUCACAAGCGAUACAGUUCGUUCGUUCAACUAGAAUCGGCUCUACGCAGAACUUUGCCGCGGAAUCAACAGCAUUUCAUCCCUCGACUUCCGCCAAAAGCACCCCUUGCGAGAUAUCGGCCCGCAUUCCUAGACCAGCGGCGACGAAUGUUGCAAUACUGGCUAUCUUCAAUAUUGCUACACCCCGAUAUCGGCGGAUGCAAGGCGGUUCGGCUGUGGGUUAUGGAUUGA